AUGGCAGAUGUUGAGAGACAGUUUUAUCCUAUCUGCUUCCCCAGAAAGGAGGUAUGUGAAGAGUCUUUGUUCUCUGGGAUUGAGAUGGUGAGUGUGGGAGUCAGCACAGAGCCCUGCCAUGCUAGGUGGGAAGUAGAGACAGAUGAAAUUGUUCUACAGUGGCGUCAAAAACAGAUAGAUUAUGGCAAGCGCACACCUGGUUACCAGCGUUUCCUGCAGGAGGUCCCCAAGGCAAAGCGACAGCCAGGACUUCACCCUCAAACACCAAACAAGAACAGGAGGUACAGCCGUCGCUCCUGGGAUGCCCAGAUUAGGCAGUGGAGAAGAGCCCUACAUUCUUGGGACCCCCCCCUCCGCCAAGCCAUCCCCUGCAGGGCAGGGGGGCAGGGAAUGGAGCAUUUCUUAGAGCCAAUGGGUUCAACCCCUUUGGAUGACUUUUUGGAUGAUUGGUUCCAAGCCCUGGAACCCUCAGCAAAUCUGGAUGGAGACCAGAAGGGAGCCCAGUUUGCAGACUUGGUGGCUCUUGCCUUCCCUUUCCUCUGUGAGGAAGAUCCCCACUACUGGUUCUACUUUGCAGCUGAUCAUUACGUAUCUGUCCUAGACUUGAGUGGGGCACAAAGUAUUUAGAGAAAACAGCCAUCUUUCAAGGGAUUUGUUGCUAAGUGUAAUAGUGAAGAUUAUUUGCAUUAGUGCUAUUUCCCAAUCGAUUAAAAAAGAAAUCUACAACUGUACAAAAAAGAUGGCAACACAAAGGCAUUGUUUAAAACCUCUUUUUCUUUUUGCCUUUUUUUCUAAACCUUUUUUGAUAGCUGAGACUCAAAUUUGCAUAAGAGUCAGGAACCAUUUAGCUGUUCCCCAACCUUUCCCCUAACGUCUACAUUCAGUCUUUUCAAAACAAGACUUAAACUUUGAGGUGGGAGGUGGUGGUAGUGGUGGAGAUUUAAUAAAGGGUGGUAUCCUCUUCCUAAAGAGGAAAUAAACGGACAUGAACAUCUUUUCUCCAGCUGCCUGUUUCCU